AGCAGUAGCAGCAGCCAGCAGCAGCAGCAGCAGCAGCAGCAGUAGCAGCCAGCAGCAGCAGCAGCAGCAGCAGCAGCACCUGUUUGCAGGUCUGCGCUCCACGGGAAACCGAGAACUCCUCUGAUCACCACCGCGUCAUAUAAUGUUUCAGAGGACGCCCCUCCCCCCCGUCUCGUUCUCUCCCCUCACUCAACCUCUCCUUUGACUCGCGGAGGAGGCUGCUGCUCACUUACUGGCGCGCGGACCGCGGAGGAGACGGAGGGGUGAGGUGGGGGGCAGAAGAUGGCUGACUUGGCCGGGCACCGCGAGCCCUGGGCGGCAUCACCGGCGUCACACGGGCCGCUGAAAAGCUCCGAGACCCCCGCUGUGUGGCGGCUGUAAACAGCUGCAUCUCUCUCUCUCUCUCUCUCUCCUCUCUCUCUCUUUCUGUCUCACACACGCGCACCUCUCCCCUCCUCACCGCAAAUAUUGACAGAAGUAUCGCAGAGAAAAUAUGGCAGAGACGGAAAAAGAGGGCAGACCUCCGGAAAAUAAGAGGAGCCGCAAACCAGCUCACCCGGUGAAGCGGGAAAUCAACGAGGAGAUGAAGAAAACUCGUUGCCAAAAAUCCCAGCUUCGUUGGAAAACAGUGAAGGUUCCCCGGAUCGGGCCAACAGCUCGCUGUCCUUGUCAGCGUCCAGAAAUGGAGUCGUAGAAACCUCCACCAUGCCGUCCACUUCCACACCCAACGCAAAGGAGCAUGGGAAUCUGCCAAUCAUGGUCCCCAUGGCACCGCCGCCUCUGAUCAAAGGCCCUUCAGACGAAGAUGCAUCAAGUGUGCAGAUCAUGUGCGCCUGGUGCCAGAAGGUUGGAGUCAAACGUUACUCUCUGAGCAUGGGGAGCGAGCUGAAGAGCUUCUGCAGUGAGAAAUGCUUCGCCGCCUGCCGCAGAGCGUAUUUUAAGAGAAACAAGCUGGGAUAUAUAAGGAAUUAUACCGCGAGAGACGACGAUGGCCUCGGUGGGAAAUUCCCCCAGCACGUCUUUACUCAGGACACACCCAGGCUUGUCUUCAAGACAAACAGCGAUGUGCUUGUGUGUGACUGGUGUAAACAUAUUCGCCACACGAAGGAGUACCUGGACUUCGGCGCCGGUGAACGACGGCUGCAGUUCUGCAGUGCCAAAUGCCUGAACCAGUACAAGAUGGACAUUUUCUACAAAGAAACCCAGGCCGCCCUGCCUGGAGGACUGUGUAACCCCGGACACGGGGUGAGUGGGGACGGCAAGCCGGAGUGCGGCGGAGGGAUGCAGCUGCUCACUCCUGAGUCCUGGGGAACGCCGUUAACGGACAUUCGGCGUAAAGCUCCCUCGCCUGGGGGUCAUUCCAGCACCUCCGCUUUGGCCCCUUCCUCUGCCUCUGCCACCUCCCCCUCGGAUACAGCUGUUUGCUCUCCGUCCUCCUCCACUUCAGCCAAAAUCCCCACACCCAGACCCCAUGAAAGCCCAACACUUCCCCCACCACCUAUCCCCACUUUGCACCCACCGGUCGGGGUUCCUUCUGGUAGCCCCCCCAUGGUGAUGACACCUCGUGGACCCAUGCCCUUACCUCUGUUCAUGGAGCAUCAAAUGAUGCAACAGAUCCGGCCACCGUUCCUUCGCCCCUCUGGCCACCCUGCAGGACCCAACAGUCCACUGUCCAACCCCAUCAUCCCCGGCAUCGGACCACCACCUCCUCCAAGGACUCUUGGUCCGGCAUCGAGCCCCAUGCACCGGCCCCUCCUGUCUCCACAUGUCCACCCGUCAUCUAAUCCCAAUCCUGGCAUGAUCCCACCUCACCCAGGCCUCCCCAUGCCAGGUCUCCCUCCUUUCCCUCCAGUCAACAUGAUGCACAAUGGACCCAUUCCUUUGCCCCCAAUGAUGAACUUUGGUAUGCCAUCUCUGGCCCCACUGGUGCCCCCACCAACUCUCUUGGUUCCUUACCCAGUCAUUGUACCCCUACCAGUCCCGAUACCCAUUCCGAUCCCAAUUCCCUUCAACUCUAAAUCAUCCAGGGACCAAUCAGAGAGCAGCGGCUCGGUCCGCAGCGCUCCGGAGUGCUCUGAAGGAUCGUUCUCCAGGCCUCAUUCUCCAAACUCCUCUGAAAGUGGCAAAGGGGAGCACAAGACAGAACCAGCUGUUGGCGAGCGAGUUUCUCCUGUACCUUCGGAAAGAAGUAAAACAGCGUUUUUGGACUUGACGGUGAAAUCAGAGGAACGUUUGGGCAGUCUUUGUCAAACCAGGAGACUGAUAGAUGGUGUAAUUGACCUAACUGUUGGCCAAAAACCAGUCCCGCAGCAGCUCUUUCAGAGGAUGCUACCUGCUGGAGUAAAGGUCAAAAUGGAGGCGGAGGCUGAGAGGAGCUCUUCACCUGCAGCUGGAUCGGGCAGGGAGGGACAGGGUGAUGAAGGGGACAGGGCUCUCCUUCAGCUGGAAAGAUCCACUCCCCUGAACUCACCGGACUCUCCAGUUCAGCCUUCGAGCAGGGCUGAUCCUCCAGCAAGUAGGUUGAACUUUACCACAGUGCCCAGUUCAGUACGGACACAGUUUCACGCUAACCCCGCCGCCCCCUGUAAUGUAAUCGUCAACGGCACCGGAUGGCGUCCGCUCCUCGCUCCUGCGUUUGAGACCUGCCCCGACCRUAAAGGAGACCGGGAGGUGGAGGAUCGACCACCCAACGGCGAUCUGGAGCGYGAGGCGCUGAAGGAAAACAACUGUUCGGUGGGCGAACGCGAGGCGGGAAGGAGGAUCUCUGCGCAAGACGAGAAGGCGGACCCGAAAGCAGAGGGCAAGACGGAUCCCGACUCCGGCUUGGAAGAGGGUGAACACGCCUACGCCUUACCGCUGCUGUCAGCCAGCGGUUGCGUCGUCAUCCAGCCCGUGCCAAAGCCCGCCGCCGACAAGACGGCCAUCUUGUCCUGCUCCAUCUCCGCGCCGUUGUCGUCGACCGGGAGCCCUGAGCUGGAGCCGCCACUGAAGAGGAGGUGCCUGCGAAUCCGCAAUCAAAACAAAUGAGAUGGAUGCUUCGACGACCGCAGUGCCAUCAGCGACUCACUUGUCUACCCCCAUCCUUUAAAUCCAAUCACACCGCACGUCAAGGCGUGGGACGUCCUCGUCCUCGCCCGUCGUCCAGUCCACCAGCACCCCCCUAGAUCGCCUUUUUUCACAACGUGUUCUGUAUCAUAGGAGAGCGGUCGGGACUCUUUGUUGGACUAAUUUUAUAUAUGAUGGUGUUUUUUUUUUUGGCCAGGACCACUGGACAUUUGAACUGGAGACGGUAACUUCCUGCUGCUUCCCUCUGAGUUUAAAGACUUUCAGCCCACACUGCCCCUCCGAUUUUUUUUUUAUUUUGGUCCGUUCUCCCACCAACAUGAGUGAGAAAUUUAGCGAACAAGCUUCCAAAGAGAAAWUUUUUUUUGGAAUCAGCGAUGCGCUUUGAUACGACAAUGCAAGUACAAAAGCUUUUGCUUCAGAAUUAAUUUCUUUCUUCGCUCAGCYGGCCUCAAACACCUUCUGAUGAAUGGGAAUUUAAAGUGAGCACAACUGCAGUUUAUGCAAUGUGAUUGAAAGGCAUUUUUUUAAUCAGAGAAAUUGCCCUUGAAUAUAAAAAAUAUUCCCAUUUUUUUGUUCUCAAAUAAUCAGCAAACUGGACACAACUUUCACCAGCAACUAAUGGAGUGUGGGCACAGUCAUGCCCUUUAUCUGCUAUUUAAGAAGCUGUUUUUGCUCAYGGAAUGAACAGAAAUGUCACAAAUUUAACUGGAAUCACUGACAGUUUCUGAAAAUGUUGUCACAUUUGAUCAGUAUUACAAUUAGCUGCUGUUUGUUUCAAAGUUUACCAAAACAAGGGUGAAAGCUAAAGUAAACACUUGUUCUUGCAGUUAAAAAUUUUAAAUCUAUAAUUUAUGACCAGUAAUGCUUCUGGGUUAUUUUGAGACUGACCCCGCCGAAUUUAGAGAAGCAGGGGGAAAAUAGUCUGCACAUUAAUAAAUUAUUCCUGUUGGUUCUGAAACAAAUUAUUUUUCUAUUUGGUGACAGUUUAUACUAGGGGACGUGAUGUUUGCUCAGUUUCAUAACAGUGAGUAACAAAUUACUGGUUAAUUGCAAAUUAAUUGUUAAACUUUUUGUCAGAUAGCUAUUGAUUGUUAGUUUGGACAAAAGGAACAGACGAAGCAUUAAUGGCUAAGAAUACUUAUAUACUGAUUAAAUUAUUACAUUUUGAUUAAURCUUCAUAUAAAUAAUAAUAAUUAGUAAUAAUUCACAGAUUUAUUGUUUGAUAAUCAAGAAUAUAGUUCAUUCUGUAAUUCUGACCUAAAUAUUAGCUAUUUAGCAAACAUUUCCAAUUAGCUAAUACCUAAUUAGCUAUUAGUUAAUUUCAAACUGAACAUUAAUUAAUCAUUAUCUGUUUACAAAACGGUAUCAGGAGUUYAUUUUAAGUAACAACUAACUAACYUAUAUUUGUCCAUUAACAGAUCAUUAACUAWUUAUAUACAAUGAUCGACAACUUAUCUUUAGCUUGUGCUAAUUAGUCACUAGCUAACCCUUGUUUCUGUCAUUUCAAACUGAUCAUUAGAUUAAUGAAUACCAAACUAUUAAUUGUUUAUGUAAUAUGAUGAAUAGUUCAUUUYAAAUUUUAUCUGACAAAUAAAUAACAAUUAACAGCACAUUUGCUAUUUUAAAUGUCCAGUAAUUCAUUACGUGCUAACGCUAACUCACCGCUAGCCCCCAUCUUGUUUCUGUAAAUUCAAAGUGAGCAUGAAUUCAAAUAGUACAAACCAAUGUCUUUUAGAAAAUUUGAUUCAACGUUAACUUAAAAUCUUAUCUAUCUGAUAAACAGUUAACAAAUCAUUUGUUUUUUUUUUACAUAAUGCAUCCAGUUCUUCAUUAACUCGCCGCUAGCCUCUGACUUGUUCUUGACGUUUUGCGAGCAUUAAUUUAAACAGUGCCAAAUCAUUUUGUUUAAAGUUUAAAAUACUUCAUGGCAAACUAACCAACAAAAACGACUCAUUCAUUGUCACAGAUUUAACAAAAUGCAGCCUGGAAUUCAUAAUUUCUUAACAGCUCUUUAGCAUAUUCCUUCUAUUUCAAAUUGUCCCGAGAUGAAUCAUAACAAGUCUUUUAAACAAAAUAAAGGUAGUAGUUUCAGAAUCAUUAUUGUUUAGUUUGUGUACCAAAAUACAUUGUUUGGCUCUCGUUAUAAUGUGUUACRUUUCUCUUUUCAAAUUCUUUGAAGUUGCCUUUUUUUCUGACGUUUCUGAUUCUCCUAACCCUAAUUUAGUCUUUGUGCUCACCCUUCUCAGAACCGAGCUGUUGACCCAGUCAAACCACGCCAGCAUUUAGAUUACACUCUUACGAAGGGGGUAAUAUGAGCCAAAAGGCCUCUAGUGUUUGAAAUAUAAACAUGCCACCUGGUUUUCAGUGAAAAUUAAAUUUUAACUGAAGAAUGGUCCCUCGAAAUAAUAGUUGCCAAAAUUAAAUGCACUUAAAAAACACAGUAGAAACAGGAAGUGUUAAAAACAGUAUUACYAUCAAGACGUGAUUUUUAUUUCAGGUCACGAGAACAAAAAGAGAUGAUGCAAAGAUGUGUGCGAACUUUGCAAUCUAGCUUUAUCUCUUUUCACUCUGAAGUUAUUUGUAGGACACUUGCWUAUUUAUUUAUUUAUUUAUUCACCUAAUUGCACACAAUGAGCAUGAAUGGAUUGCACUCGAUAAAAGCAACCCUGCUGUCCUUUCUGUAGCUCGGCUGAGAUUUCUGUGUCGACUCAGAAUAAGCAGUGUGUAACGUUAGAUGUUGGCUGUCAAUCGGGCAUUCAGGUACAAGCCUGCCAGGGUCCAGCUUUAAUCACUUCAUUGCUCCAGCAAGCAAAAACAAGCCUGAGUGUGGCUUUUAAGUUAUAUGUUUCUUUAUUUUUUUAUAAAGGGAUUCCUUUYGAUGUACACAGAUUGUUUAAAAAUCUUAAAAAAAAACAUUGAGCUGGAGCCCUUUUUUAAUCCCUGAGUGUAAUGCUAUUUCUUUUACUUCUAGCAAAACACACAAAAAAGUGUGAAAUGUUUGUUCUGUCAUCUUCASUGCAAUAUAUUUUUGUUUGUUACUAAUGUAGCUCCUCAAGCUGUAAAAGUUUAUGUUGAGGCCACAGUAGAAAUUCACUUUUUAUUGCCAAACAAACGAGCUAAUAGCUGACUAGCUUCACUUAGCUUAGCUUAGCUUAGCUUAGCUUAGCACAGCUUACUUUAGCAGAUUGGAGAGAGUUACUAUCAAUCUCUGUUUUUGCAAGUACAUUGAUUCAGUUAUUGUUUAAUUUUUAGCCUUCAAAGUCUAAUAGCUUUGAUGACUUUAGUUUGAGUUUUCUUCUCCUGCCCCAAACUCUGACUAAGCCAGUUGCUUUGUUUUUUUCCCCCUUAUUGACAUUUUUAGACAGCAACACAAUGAUCUAUAAGUAUUUCCAGACCUUCAUCGUGCUGCAGUGAUGUUGUAAACACUAUAAUGUCCAAUGCUUGAGGUAGAUUUUAAAGAUAAGGAAGGACAACAGAAUCCAUUUUUAUGUGCUAGCGCCUAAACUUGUGACAAAUCUUUAGCAUUCCUCCACGUUGGUGUUAAACUGCAGGCCUCGUCAGCAGCCUGGAUUAUGCAACGACAUCAAAUCCAAGCUGAAAAGACACAAGCGGUCUGCGUAAAAUAAAAACGAAUACGACGACAUAACUUUUCGAAAACUACAGAGAAAGCUGCCUUAACUCUUUUGCUCGUAUAAUCUCUAGUUAAGACAAUGAUGCUCGCUUGUAAAGACGACUCUCCCUUCUUUGUACAAAACUAAAAUGUACCAGAAACUUUGUUAUCUUGCUAGUGUCCGUGUAUAGAUGAUCAGCUUUUUCUGUAACUUGUAUGAAAUGUCACUUUUUGCUAAAAAAAAACAAACAAAACAAAAGAUUCCCCCUUUUCAUUCACAUCUGUUUUAACUCAUGGUGGACUGUCGAUGUUUUUGUGUACAUUUUAUAGUAUUAUUUAUUGUCGACGAGUUUUUAAUGGGAAAAAGUGGAGAUUGAGAUGGUAAAUCCCUGGUGAACAGUGUUUCUUUUUUUAUUUUUAAUGAUGAAAGUGGAGAAAACCAGAGGACUUUUCAUUAUGAUGUUGUACAAUGUACAUAACAUGUGGCCAAAAUUGCUUUUUAAAAAAAAGAAAAGAAAGAAAAAUCCAUUUUUUUGUGUUGUAACAGAUCUUGUUURAUUCAGUGAAUUGCUCAUGAAGACAAAUAAAUAAGACACACACGUGUUUCAGACA